UCGCUUGACAAUGAAAAUGGCUUCUGCGGUUUUUGUUGUUGACAGUUCCACUGGCAAAGAUGUUAUUGCUGAGGGGAUGCUCGACCUCUUAAAACCAGCCAUCCAACAACUGGACCUGCAUGUGCACUCUGUCAGAGAGAGCCAAGUUGAACUAAGGGAACACAUAGACAAUCUUGCCACAGAGUUAUGCCGGAUAAAUGAACAUCAAAAGGUGGCUCUAGACCUGGAUCCAUAUGUAAAGAAACUUCUCAAUGCAAGACGAAGAGUAGUACUUGUAAAUAACAUACUGCAGAAUGCUCAGGAGCGUCUGAGAAGACUCAACCAUAAUGUGGCGAAAGAGACAGCACGGAGAAAGACCAUGUUGGAGGCCUCAGGAGUGUUCACCUCACGCUCUCCCAGUAAACCCUGAGCAUCCAUGUCCUCUGCAAUACUGUGGAUUGCCCCAAUCUACAAGGACACAUCAAUACAGGCAUCUGUCCCUUGAAGAAGUUCACUCUUCCAUUGACCUGAAGCUUGCUCUUUGGUGAUAUGUUGAUGUCCUGCACUGCGUCAUCUGAUUAGUUUUGUGUUUAUGAUGAACCGUUUCCAAAAGUCUGAAGCCCAUAUAUGUUACCAAUUUGUAAACCGUUAGGUCUAAAUAUUUGGACCGUGGCAAAGUUUUUGUAGUUGUUUUCCCUUACACACCACAUAUUGGGAUUUACCUUUACUUCAAGAGGUUUCACAUUUACGUACAUGGGAUUUACUAGUCGGGUGUUACACUAUAUCACUAUCUUAUGUCCUUUUUCGGGCACCCAAAAAUAUUUGGACCAGAAUAUUCUUAACUUGAUAGCGACAUUCUGCCAUCGUCGUCCACUUUAUUUGUCAUGCAAUGAUUUACUGCAAAUAGCAACUCGAGAAGUUUUAAAGGCAAAUACUUCCAUUAUGGUGGUAUACAUGGGCAAUAUCAUACAAAUGAAUUAUCCAAAUGCUUUUGGAGCUAACUAUAUUAGUUCUACAAUGAAGAACUGUUAUGAUGUCUCCAGUUAGGCUGAAAAGAUGUUAAUGAUCAUGCCACACAAUCAUUUCCUGAUAAGCCCUUCCCCUCAAUGGUUUGGGGUUCUUCUGUGAAUGUAUAUCAAUAAAAACUGUG